GUGACUGUACAGGAUUUUUUCUUUCUUCCUUCUCUCCCUCCAUCACUUCAAAAGACCUCUUGUGCCUCGUUCCUCUGUGUAUACUUUCGACUUAGAGUGUACGAUGAGUCAACAGCCAGAUGCUGCAGAGCAAAAUAUCCAAAUGUGGAAAGUCAAGAAACUCAUCAAGAGUCUUGACUCUGCUAGAGGGGCUGGUACUUCAAUGAUCAGCCUCAUUUUACCACCCAAGGAUCAAAUUUCCAGGGCUUCAGCUAUGUUAACGCAGGAAUACGGUACAGCAUCCAAUAUCAAGUCUCGAGUCAACCGUCUUUCUGUACUGGCAGCCAUUACCAGUACUCAGCAACGUCUAAAGCUAUAUAAUCGUGUGCCUCCGAACGGCCUCGUGCUCUUCGUUGGAACGAUCUUAACUGAUGAAGGAAAAGAAAAGAAGGUUUCGUUUGAUUUUGAACCACAUAAACCAAUCAAUACAUCUCUUUAUCUCUGUGAUAACAAGUUCCACACCGAAGCGCUUUCCGAACUCCUUGAAUCAGAUUCUCGAUUUGGCUUUAUCGUCAUGGACGGUAAUGGUACCUUAUUUGGUACUCUCUCUGGCAACACUCGAGAAGUCGUCCAUAAAUUCACCGUGGAUCUUCCCAAGAAGCACGGACGUGGUGGUCAAUCUGCCCUUCGCUUUUCUCGACUUCGAGAUGAGAAGCGCCACAACUAUGUUAGGAAAGUUGCUGAAUUAGCGGUUCAGCAUUUCAUUACCAACGACAAGGUCAAUGUCACCGGACUCGUUUUGGCCGGUUCCGCGGAUUUCAAGACAGAGUUGAGUCAAAGUGACAUGUUCGAUCUUCGUCUCUCGGCCAAGGUCAUCAAGGUUGUCGAUGUCAGUUACGGUGGAGAAAACGGGUUCAAUCAGGCCAUCGAACUCGCCGCAGAAUCACUGGCCAAUGUAAAGUUCGUUCAGGAGAAGAAGCUUAUUCAGAAGUACUUUGAUGAAAUCAGCCAGGAUACCGGAAAGUAUUGUUUCGGUAUCGACGAUACCCUCAAAGCACUCGAGCUUGGUGCUGUUGAAACACUCGUCGUCUGGGAGAAUCUCGACAUGACUCGUUACACUCUUCGUAACGCCGCCGGAGAGGAGACUGUUGUUUACGCCAACAAGGAACAAGAGAAAGACAGGGAGAAAUUCAUGGAUAAGUCUACCGGUCUCGAGAUGGAGCAGGCAGAGGAACCACAGCCUCUUCUGGAGUGGUUCGCUGAGAAGUACAAGGAGUUCGGCGCCAACCUGGAGUUCAUUACCAAUCGUUCGCAAGAGGGCGCGCAAUUCGUUAAGGGCUUCGGUGGUAUCGGCGGUUUACUCCGAUACAAGGUUGAUUUCAGCAACCUUGUAACAAUAGAUGAAGAAGAAGACGAGUUUUACUCUGAUGACGAAGACAUCUGACGGUAUUGCUGGCUCUUUGGAGCCCCGUCCAUCCUUGGAUUGUCGGGCGGGGUGGGGGAAGGGGAGGGGAAGAUGUUGGAUAUCAGUGGAAGGCGCGGUGUUAACGUCGUGGAGAACUCGACGAAAGGUGUUGAUGUUGUAUUUGGGACCGUUCAUUGUUGGCGUAAAUGUGGAUGUUUUCUGUUCAAAACAUUCUUGGCUCUUAGGUUCAGCAUACGCGUAUCUUAUCUCACUGUGUCUUAUCAGUUGAGUAGUCGUGCUUUGUAACGUAAAGGACGCUGCCAUCGUUUACCGCUCGCGGUGUUUAUGAAACGAACAUGAUCGUACUUCGUCCA